GCCAGGCGUGCAGGCAGCAGUGUGCAGAGAAGCGGCCGGGUCCUGCUCCCGCCUCGGAGCCCGUGGCCCGGGGGAGGGGGAGAGGCCACUAGCUCGGUCUAUGUCUUUUUCUGACUCCAGUGCAACCUUUCUGCUGAACGAGGGUUCAGCAGACUCCUACACAAGCCGCCCAUCUCUGGACUCCGACGUCUCCCUGGAAGAGGACAGGGAGAGUGCCCGGCGUGAAGUGGAGAGUCAGGCUCAGCAGCAGCUUGAGAGGGCAAAGCACAAACCUGUGGCAUUUGCUGUGAGGACCAAUGUCAGCUACUGUGGUGUACUGGAUGAGGAGUGCCCAGUCCAGGGCUCCGGAGUCAAUUUUGAGGCCAAAGAUUUUCUGCACAUUAAAGAGAAGUACAGCAAUGACUGGUGGAUCGGGCGGCUAGUGAAAGAGGGCGGGGACAUCGCCUUCAUCCCCAGCCCCCAACGCCUGGAGAGCAUACGGCUCAAACAGGAGCAGAAGGCCAGGAGAUCCGGGAACCCUUCCAGCCUGAGUGACAUUGGCAACAGACGCUCCCCUCCUCCAUCUAUAGCUAAGCAGAAGCAGAAACAGACAGAACAUGUUCCUCCAUAUGAUGUGGUGCCCUCUAUGCGGCCCGUGGUGCUGGUGGGACCCUCACUGAAAGGUUAUGAGGUCACAGACAUGAUGCAGAAGGCUCUCUUUGACUUCCUUAAGCACAGGUUUGAUGGCAGGAUCUCCAUCACCCGUGUCACAGCUGACCUGUCAUUGGCAAAGCGGUCUGUCCUCAACAAUCCUGGCAAGAGGACCAUCAUUGAGCGCUCCUCUGCCCGCUCCAGCAUUGCUGAAGUUCAGAGUGAGAUUGAGCGCAUAUUCGAGCUGGCCAAAUCUCUGCAGCUAGUAGUGUUGGAUGCUGAUACCAUCAACCACCCAGCACAGCUAGCAAAGACCUCACUGGCUCCCAUCAUCGUCUUUGUCAAGGUAUCCUCACCUAAGGUCCUCCAGCGGCUCAUCCGCUCCCGGGGGAAGUCACAGAUGAAGCACCUCACUGUGCAGAUGAUGGCAUAUGAUAAGCUGGUUCAGUGCCCACCGGAAUCAUUUGACGUGAUUCUGGAUGAGAACCAGCUGGAAGAUGCCUGCGAGCACCUAGCUGAGUACCUGGAGGUUUACUGGCGAGCCACCCACCACCCAGCUCCUGGCCCUGGACUUCUGGGCCCUCCCAGUGCCAUUCCUGGACUUCAGAACCAGCAGCUGCUGGGGGAACGAGGUGAGGAACACUCACCCCUGGAGCGAGACAGCUUGAUGCCCUCAGAUGAGGCCAGCGAGAGCUCCCGCCAAGCCUGGACCGGAUCUUCACAGCGCAGCUCCCGCCACCUGGAAGAGGACUACACAGAUGCCUACCAGGACCUGUACCAGCCUCACCGCCAACACACCUCGGGGCUGCCCAGUACUAAUGGGCAUGAUCCCCAAGACCGGCUCCUAGCCCAGGACUCGGAGCACAACCAUAAUGACCGGAACUGGCAGCGCAACCGGCCUUGGUCCAAGGAUAGCUACUGAUCACCUCCUGCCCCACCCUGGCAGGAAGAGGCACAGCUGGCUGGGAUGCCCUCUCUAGGCAGAUUGGAGUUAGACUGGCAUUAGACUGCCACUAGGCUCAGCUCCCACAACCCCAUGCCCAGCCCAAGCACCAGGGCAAACUGUGGUCCUAAAGUUCUGGGAGAAGCAAGGGGCCCCCUCACCUCCUGGGCACAGUGACCCCAUAGGCUCCUGUUCCAGUUACUAGCUGUGUUCUGCACCUCUGGCACCUUCCUCACCUCCUGCACAAGACCCUGCCCUACAGGGCAGUGACCUCAGACCAGGACCACUUUAGCAGAGGCCUUCCCACCAAUUCAGGGAAGGGAUGCCUCCUCUGAGUGACAAGAGGAUAGAGGUGUGGGUAACACUGCACAAGUAAGAAACAAAGUUCCUGAGCAGUCACAAGUCCUAAGUUAAGGAACUUGGGUUAUGCUUUUAGGUGCAAGGGGCCUCCACUCACCUCACUGCCACACAUCAGAAAUGAGACAAUCAGAGCCCAACAUGGUGGUAUUUCUAUCAGCUGGGGUGGGACAUCCACAUCCAAGACUGGAGUAGCAGGCAGACUAGGAUGGUCCAAAGACCUCACAGCUGAAGCACUGGGGGAAAAGGGUCCUCUUCGUCAUACCAGGAAGUCUAGCAUCUGACAGGACUAGGGAACCGGAGCAUAGUCAAGCCAAAAGGCAGACAGGAGCCAGCCUGGACUGGGAUUUGGGGAGGGAGGAACAACUUUGGGUCUCCCCCCUGCCUUUCUCAUUCUUUGCCCUUGCAUCUGUCAUUUCUGUUCUUUCCCUUCAAGCCUCUUGCAAGAUAGGGGCUCCUGACCUUAUUCCUGACUCAUAGCUGCUGCUUGUUAAGUUAGGGUUAGAUAGGGAGAAUAGGACACAGUGGACAGCCCCAGAGGCCCUGUUUACCCAGCUACCCUUGCCUUAUGGCUCUCGUGUGUGAUCUACAGAGCAUGCUCCACAAGACCCUGCCCACUUCACUGUCAUCACCAAUAAAACACCAUGCACACUC